UAACAAAACAGCCUUCGUGUCCCUUCCAAUGGAAGUUUUGUUCGUCUUUUUUCAAUUCCUUUACUCUCUCUCUCUAAAUCUUCCUAGAAAAAAUGGCCCAUUACCCAUCGAUCUUCUUCUUCUUCUCUACCAGAUCCAAAUUUCUUAUAUUUUUAUCUGAUUUCCUUUUCCAUCUAAUUCUUCACCCAUUCCCCACCACUUUCCCCUGAUUUCUCUUACAUGGGUCGUCUCUUUUUCUUCUUUUACCAGGUGAUUCAUUCAACUUUCUCUCUCAGAUUGCUUUCUUUCCUAUUCUUGAUUGAAUUUCCUUGGUGGGUUCCGUCGAUUGAGCUCUGAGAACUCUUCCCCCUUUCUCGAGAGUGGAUUUCAAUUGUGGAAAUCUUCGUCUCCGACCCACUCUGUGUGGCCAGAUUUUGUUUCUGCUGGCUAUGGUUCUUCAAGUUUUUGGGGUAUCAUAUCAAGAUGAGUUUCAUGCUAUUGAAUGGAGUUAACAGUGUCACUUCAAUGUGAAACUUUGUCUCCAAUUUUGGUUGUGCUUUUGGUCCUAAUCUGCCAGAAUAUCCAGUGAAGCUUUUGUAUUAUUUAUGGAACUUCUUGGUAUUGGAGCAAAUAUGCAGGGUUCUGGCAACUAUCCAAAUUUUUAUUUCAGUAGGGAUCUAAAAGGAGUUGUUGGUGGUUGUAUAUGGCCUCAAAUCAGUGAGGAUAAAAUGGUGAACGGUGGAUGUAGCUCCAAAGGUUUCUUAUCACCAUUGUCAGCUGGUCUGUAUGUCGAAUGUGGCCGAGAAGCACUAAAGCAAAUAAUGCUUAAGCAAGAAGCGAUUUUUAGGGAUCAGAUUUAUGAACUUCAUCGCCUUUACCAAAGACAGAGGGAGUUUAUAGCUGAGAUGAAGAGGGAAUCGCGUAAGUAUGAUAUGUGCAUUACGACAACUCAGUCUGAUUUUUAUAAGUCGCGGGUCUCUGCAUUGUGUGCUCAGGAUGCACAUAACUUCCCUGUAUACAAUCAAUCAUUUAUUUCAGGUGAAAAAACACCCUCAUUACUUUCAAGUUUAGGGAAGAACAUUCAAACAGGUUCUGACACCCCUCUGAAUGGAAUCUGUUUAAAGAAUCCUUAUUUGUCAGAACCUAAGAGCAAGAUUUUGCGAAAUGGGAUGUUUGAUCUUGAACUUCCAACUGACAGCAAGUACUUGAAUGGAAAAGAUGAAUUGACAAAUGUGCCUGAAAUGUCAAGCUGUCAUCUCAAGAGAAUGCCUGAAAUUGUUCAUAUUAGUGAUAGAAAACCUUUUCUUGCCAAGCAUGAUUUGUUAUUAGAGAAAACCAAGGUCUCGGUUGAUUUAAAUAAUCCUCCUAACUUUGAGGAGGAACUGGGCUGUAGAUCCGUGGAUUUAGUGGAUGCUACGGGCCACAGGGAGAUCCUUUUCCAUGAUCUCUAUGGUAAAGCCAAUUCAAAAUGUCUUGGUUUCUCAGAGCAAGAAGUCAAUGGAAGAAAGAAUGGACUUUCUAACAAUGGCUCUUCUGAAUCGAUUAGCUUUCAUGACAGAAGCAAAAGAUAUCAACCCGACGAAGAUAUUGCAAAUUCAAGUCUGUCAUCAUCCACUACUUCUUUGACUAAGUCUGCACAAGGUCCAAUGGGACACCAUCUUCUAGAUACCGAGAGUUCCAAAAUGUUAAUAGAAAAGGCAAUGGUUGCUGAAGAUGAUUUCUGUAGUGUUAAAAACUUGAGAUCUAGCAUUGGGUCUGAUAGUGUAAGCCCCCUUGAAGGAAGCUUCUGUAAUGGCUACAAGUCCGAGACUGUGAAAGAAGAACCUCGCCCCUUGUUCAAAGCUUCUGCAAAUUGGAUGGAAGGUCAAAUUGACCUCAACGUGUGCAUAAAUGAAGAAUUUUUGGGAACACCUUGUUGCUCCACUGAAAUGAAACUGGACGUACCUGUAAGCCCAGGACAGGAAAAACACUCUUCAACUACAGGCGUGUCUGGUGAUAACCAAGUUGGGUCACAUUUUCUAGAGUCGGUUGAAGAUGAUGGCAAACCGUCGGAGGACCUCAAUUCAAUUGCAGCAGAAACCUUGGUUUCCAUUUCAUCAUAUGUGGCUCAAAAUUGUCAUAAAAUUACUGGCUGUCCGUCUGUUCAACCUUCAUUUGAAUCCUUAUGCUGGUUUGCUGAAAUAGUUUCUUCAAUGGGAGCUGAUCCAGAGAAGGGUGAAGUAGCCUUGAAAUGCAAGGAUGCUAGUGACUCAGAGGAGCUUUUGACAGAUUGCAUGGAUGACUUUGAGGUCAUGACGUUGAAGUUAAAAGAAACAGAAGAGGAAGGGUGUUCCUUGACAUCAAGUAACCACCAAGAGGAAGCAGUAAAAAAUGUUUAUUUGGCUUCAUGUCAACUAGGGAAGGGACGUGUGAGGCGGGGUAAGCGCAAUAAUUUUCAGACAGAAAUUCUUCCAAGUCUUGCAACUUUGUCGAGGUACGAGGUUACAGAAGAUAUUCAGACAAUUGGAGGGCUGAUGGAAGUUGCAAGUUCUCAUUCGAUAGCCGGUGUAGUGAAAACUGCAAGUAGAGGUAGAACGGCAUGGACUAGAGGGAAGAGACGGUUGUGUGAUUCAUCUUCAAAGAUUACAGAGACUGUUAUAGGGUCAAUCAUGGAUCAAGUAAGCAGUGGCAAUGAACUAGAGAACAAAGAAAGAAAGGUUAUAGUUUGGGGAAAUAUUACUAGACGGCGGAGGGGACAGAGAUAUCCAGCUUGUAAUAGAAAGAUUAUCUUAGGACAAGUAUAAUAUAGUUGGACUUGUCUUGAGAAGUUACUUGAAAUAAUUAUAUGUUAUCUGUAAAUUUUGCCAAGUUCUGUUCUUCCCUCCAUUUUGAGUCAAUUGUUUGUUCCAUUUAAUACAAAAAUUGUAUUGGAAAGAAAGGAGCCACCAUUCGCCAUUGUAUAUUUAACUAGACCAUACUUCUGUUAAAUAAAGUCAUCUCAUGCUGGUUUGGUUAAUCAGAUAUGGAUUAGAGCCAA